AUGGGGAUUAAAGUGACAAUUUUCAUUGUGUUAGUUGCCAUAGUAACUGGAUUGUAUUUUGCUGGGUUUCUUACCUCUCAGCCCAGGGUGCCUGAGUAUGGUGAUGGAUGGUGGGGGAAUGGUGAGAAGCCAAAGGGUGAAGAAAACACCAGCAUCCGAAAAUUUAAAAUCAAUGUUGAUGAUUCAGUGAUUGACGAUUUGAAGCAGAGGCUGGUGAAAACAAGAUGGUUUGAACCUCUUGAAGAAGCCAAGUUUCACUACGGUUUCAACUCAACUUUUAUGAAGACCAUUGUGGAGUACUGGACAAAUAAAUACGAUUGGAAAAAACAGGAAAAAUACCUAAACCAGUACGAGCACUUCAAGACAAAUAUAGAAGGAAUUGACGUGCACUUCAUGCAUGUUAAACCGAAAGGAGCGAUACCAUCAGAGAAGAUUAAACCACUACUGAUGGUACAUGGGUGGCCGGGAUCUUUUGUUGAGUUUUAUAAAAUCAUGCCAUUCUUGACCGAGCCUAAGAGCCAUCUUGGAACUGAUGAUGACACAUUUGAAGUAAUUUGCCCCUCCAUUCCUGGAUACGGUUUCUCAGAAGCCCCUCAUAAACAAGGUUUUGAUGUGGUUGCAGCAGCCAGAGUGUUUGACAAAUUAAUGAGCCGUCUUGGACAUGAGAAAUAUUACUAUCAAGGCGGGGAUUGGGGUGCAGGAAUUGGACACGCACUCAGCCUGAUCCAGCCAAGCCAUGUUUUAGGUUACCAUACCAACUUUCCAAAUGGCCAACCAUCAUUGUACCCUGUCAGACUGGCCAUUGGGAGUGUCUUCCCUUCAUUGGUUGGCCUUGAUGCAGAAGAUGUUAAUCGCAUCUAUCCUGUAUUUGACAAACUAAAACUCUUGCUCAGGGAGACUGGGUACGCGCAUCUGCAGGCAACAAAACCAGACACUGCUGGUUUUGGAUUAAAUGAUUCUCCUGUUGGACUAGCAGCAUACAUAUUGGAAAAGUUCAUCUUCUGUACCAAUCCACAUUAUCUUGACCUUCACGGUGGCGGUUUAGAAAACCAUUUCACUAUGGAUGACCUGUUGACCAAUGUUAUGAUUUAUUGGGUUAAUGGCAAUAUUGUUUCAUCAAUGAGGUUAUACAAAGAAUCCGUACCAAAGAUCCUUUCCGGGCAAUUGGAUGCCAUGCCAGAGGUACCAGUGGGCAUCGUAAUAUUUAAAUACGAGUUGGCAUAUCUCCCAAAAACUUGGUGUAAGCUUUUGUUUCCUAACCUUUUGACGUACUCAAGAAUGCAGAGAGGUGGACAUUUUGCAGCAUUUGAAGAGCCGCAGCUUCUUGCUGAAGAUAUAAGGAAGUUUGUCAGUGAAAUUGUCAGAAGAGAGUAA